GUUUCUCAGCGUGCUGGUGCUGCAGCUCCUGUCUGUUGGAGGAGAGAUAAGCCGAGGCUUUUAUUUACUGCUGGGACAAAACGUGACUUGUUACGUAACGCGUCAAAGGGCAGUUUCGCUCCACCCGCUGCUGCUGGGCGUCAGAAGAGCAGCUGGUAUCUCCGGUUUCCUGCUUUCGGAGAUUUUGUUUGGUUUGAAACGGUGGCAGCCUAACGCGUUCACAGCUGACAGAUCGCCUGCUUCAGGACGGCGUCGAGCUGACGGCGGUUAAAGAAUUUGCACAGUUGGAAGGCAGAAAGAGGCUGUAGCCAAACCCUGACCAUGCCUGCUGUGCAUCACCAAGGGCAGUUACUGCACUGGCAUGAAACGGAGUGUCUAAACUACUAUGAGAUGAUGUCCCUCCAUGAAGUUUUUGAAGUUGUUGGCUCCCAGUUGACAGAGACUGAUGUAGAAGUUCUGUCGUUUCUUCUGAAUGAAACCUGCUCCGUGCCUCACCCUCUCGAUCCAGUGGACUGGACGGUCGAGCCCAGUGCAGAUGAUCCGGAUGAUCAGGGUGUGGCCCCAAGUCCACAGCUAGUUAAGUUUUGGAGGCAGUUAAAGCCUCAGGGAUCCCAGAGGCCCUCGGUGAACUUCAAACCCAAAAGUGGCCUGGAGCUCUUGCUGGAGCUUGAGAGGAGAGGAUACCUCAGCGACGGCAACCUGGAGCCAUUACUGCAACUAUUGAGAGUCCUCACUCGUCACGAUCUGCUGCAUUUAGUAUCCCACAAGAAAAGAAGGACCGUAUCUCCAGAGAGAAAAGGACACGAGUAUGGCAUGAAGAGCAGAGAGGUGGCAUGGGCCUCUGGAAUGGGACACAACUGCAGACAGGCAGAUGAACCUGUUCCAUCUUUCACCUAUCAGCUAACUACUGGUAACCCCGCUCCUGCUGGAUCUACAAGGAGGAGGAGGAAGAAGAGAGGAAACGGCUGGAGCCGUCGACCCAAGAAGCAAAACAGGCAGGAUCUGGUGCUGACUUUCAAACCAGUACCAUGUCAGACGUCUUGUGACAUCCAGCUGCGAGUCCGGGCUGAAUACCUGGAGCACGAGUCGGCGCUCCGCAACGGCGUCUCCUCGGACAAGCGCCAGCCGCUGGAGCGGCAGUUUGAGCUGUUCAGUCAGGCCAACUCGCUGCUGCGGGCCAGAGACCUGGGCUCCAUUGUCUGUGACAUCAAGUUCACCGAGCUGGACAACCUGGAGGCCUUCUGGUCGGACUAUCUGAGCGGCGCCCUGCUGGAGGCCCUCAAGGGAGUCUUUAUCACAGACUCCUUGAGGAGGGUUGCCGGCACCGAGGGCGUCCGCCUCCUGAUCAGCGUGGACCAAGACGACUACGAGAGAGGAAGAAAAGUGCUGCGAGCUCUGAAGAUGUUCACAUCCAGGAAUGGCGGGCGCACGGGGACUCGCUGAGCUCUCUUGUGGGUGUACUCAAACUUUUUUCCCUGGGUGUGUCACGCUGGCAAAGGAUAGAGCAUGAUAUGCAACUGAUGGUGAUACAAGUGAAUUUGAAUGAACGUCCACGGGCCUCCUCCUGUAGUUGUAAUAUAUUUAAUGGCCACUGGAUGGCAGCACUCACCAUUGGUUCUUUCUGGACAGCGGCUUUUUUCUUUCUUUUAACAUUCGUCACGUUUUAAUUAGUGUUACCCUUAUUUCUGACUGAGAGACGGACAUUGACGAAUCGACGUGCUUUUCUUUUGGAUUCUACACAGGUGCUACUUUGUAAGACCUCAGAAUGAAACGGGAUAUGUCCAGUUUCACCUUAGUGGCACGAGGAACAAGCAAGGCAGUGGUAAGCCCCUCAUUAUGAUCAAUAUUCAAUCAGUUAAACUCCAGACACCUGGGCUGCCACCACGAGCAAGAGCUCUGAUUGAUGUUACACGCACAAGCGUCUCAGAAUAGUUAAUAUUUAUUUCUUUGUAAGGUUUUUGGGGGCUCUUGAAUGGACAGUGGUGACACCUGGCACUUACACUUCCUAAAACUAAUUCAUUUUAUAACGCAGCAUGGCAGGGAAGGUCGAAAUAGUCGGUUCAAACUUUACAAGCUGUCCUUUUGUGCGUAACUUUUGGGAACUGGUUCACACACACACACACACACACACACACACACACACACACACACACACCACGAUAACGAGACGCGGUUCCUGUAUACCUCGAUAAAGCAGCUCGUGAUUGCUGUGGUCAGUGGAUUCAGCAGCCGCCAGUAGAUGACAGCAGUGAUUAGAGGCGGGUUCCAACAGACCAUGGAAGAUUCAUCAUCACGAGCUUUGUCGACGGUAACCGGGAUAAUGCGGCGGCGGCUCGUGUCCGGGCUUCCAGCGAGGCCCCGGCAAGUGGCGAGCAAAGCACAGGACAGUGCGUCGGUCAAUAGAAGUGAUGUUGGGGAGAUCAAAAUCAAAAGUGCACAUCCCAGCUCCACUCAGCCCUGCUAUGUAGGCCCGGCAGAGUGGCUCACAGACAGCUGUCUAGUCACCCUGCUGGAACUAAUGCCUGGACUUCACUCAUAGAGGACGAUCAAUAAGGCCCCUCGCUCUAAGUCCCUCCAUGCAGGCUCGACUUAAGCAGGCAGACACUGUCUGAAGUGCAGGACUCUGCAGGGCCAGCACACACUGGGACAGGGGACACAUUUACAUGUUCAUGUUUGUAGUUUUCUUUUUGGUAAGGGAAUUUAUUGAUGUUUAGUUCAUAAGAUGAGAAAAAAACGUGGGGAAAAAUUUUCGUUAGUAAUAAGUAAAAAAAAAGAAAAAAAAAGCUUUUUGUUGGGCAAUUGUUUUGUGGAAAGCUUUAUAUUUUAGACAUUCUGGUGAUUAAUAAAGAUUUUGAUGGAUUAAA